UUUCUCUGUCAGAAAUUCCUACCCCUAUAAAUCAUUGAACAUGCAUUGAACUGAAUAAUUAAUCUUUAUUGAGUUCAAUGAUAUAAAUAGACCUAGUUGAAACGAUUCAACUAUAACAAACAGAAAUGAAUAAAAUCUUUAGGACCUCAUGCAUAACUCGAGUAGGAACAUCCUUUUGUAAUUACAGCACAAACACUUCAUCUAAUUAUUGCUUAGACCUAGUAAAGAGGUUCGAUUAUGAAAAUUUCAUGGCUGUGCUUCUUCUGAAAAAUACCUCUAGAUCAACAGCUUUAGCUGUCCGAAGCUUCAAUGUUGAACUAUCUAGGGUAACUGAACAAACGAGUCAAGUUAGUACAGGUCAGGCUCGAUUACAAUUUUGGGAUGAUACAAUAGAAGCUUGUUUCAAUACCGACGUGAAAAAAAUACCUCAACAUCCAGUAGCCUUAGAAAUUUAUAAGGCAGUUAAUAGAUCAAAACUUUCGAAAAGGUACUUCAAAAACUUGAUCAAGUGUCGUUAUGAUUAUCUUAAUCGUAAUUUCUUCAUCACCUUGGAUGAAAUGGAGAAAUAUUCAGAGAAUACUGUUUCAAAUUUAUAUUACUUGAUUCUAGAAGGCUGUGGAAUGCUGGAUGCACAAUCUGAGCUUGUGGCUUCACAUUUGGGGAAAGCACAAGGCAUAUUGAACUUAUUGAGAGGUUGUAUUAUUGCCAGAAAACUGAAUUUUAUAUCGAUACCACAAGAGCUCUUAGUGAAACACAAAGUCAGUGACCAAAGUAUAUUGAAUGGAGUUUCUAGUCAAAAAUUGAAUAGUUGUGUAUCUGAGGUUGCUGGUAGAGCAUAUGAGCAUCUUCAAAAAGCUAGACAUUUAUCAGAUAAAUUACCUGAUAAUUGUGCCCCAGUUUUUUUACCUGCUGUCACUAUUGAUGGAUACCUAACUAAAUUACAAGUGGUUAAUUAUGACAUUUUCCAUCCAUCUUUGAAGAGGAAACCACUUCUCUGGUUGCCAAAACUGAUAUGGUACAAAUAUCGAAAUAAAUAUUAAAUUUAUA